GCAGCCUGACAGCAGCAGAGACAUUUCUGAUUCGAGGCUGAGUCAUGGAACCUGAAGGCCUCAAGACGAUGGAGCUGGCAGCGCUCGGUCGGCCCUUCAGCCUCGGGAUGCUGUACGACUGUCGGCAAGACUCCCUGAUCCCUGGCAUGACAUUGUGGGACCCUGAUGCCCUGGAGAAGGAUGCACGAGAAAGACCCCAACCCAACAGUGAAUUUGAGAUAGUUGCAUCUGAAUCGAUUGAGGACAAAUCUUCAGCAUUAAAUGUUGAUGCCUCCCUGAAGGCAAGUUUCCUGGGUGGGCUGGUACAGGUUGAGGGCUCUGCCAAAUACCUAAAUGACAGUAAGAUUUCCAAAAAUCAGGCCAGAGUGACACUCAAAUACAAAACUACAACCAAGUUUCAGGAGCUGUCAAUGAAUCAUCUUGGAAGAGACAAUGUGAAAUAUCAAUAUGUUUUUGAUAAAGGAAUAGCAACACAUGUAGUCACAGGUAUCCUUUAUGGGGCACAAGCCUUCUUUGUAUUUGACCGUGAGGUGUCUGAAAAGGAGGAUCAUCAAAACAUUGAGGGCAACCUGAAGGUGAUGAUUCAGAAGAUUCCCUGCCUUGCAAUUGAAGGUGAAGGUUCUCUACAAAUGAAAGACAGGGACAUUUCAAAAGUUGAGAAAUUUUCCUGCAAAUUCCACGGUGACUUUAACCUUCAGAGGAAUCCUGUGUCCUUUCAGGAUGCAAUAAAAGUCUACCAGAGUCUUCCAACAUUACUGGGAGCAAAUGGAGAAAAUGCCGUGCCAGUGAAGGUCUGGCUGAUGCCCCUGAAAAGUUUAGAUUCUGCUGCAGCUCAACUUGUCCGUCAGAUAAGUAUUAGAUUAGUGACAGAGGCACAGAGGGUCCUGGAGGACUUGAGUGAGCUGGAAAUGAGGUGCAAUGAUGCAAUGAAAAACAGCACAACCCAACAAUUCCCACAGAUUGGGAAAAAGCUAAAAACCUUUAAAGAAUUGCUCUCUGAUUACAAGCUGGAAUUCCAGAGGACCCUGGCAGAGAAACUUCCAUCAAUCCGGGGAGGAGGGGAAGAGGAGGCUGUGCUUGCAGAGGUGUUGAAAAAGAGACAUUCUUCUCCAUUCAACAACAAAAACCUGAGUGAGUGGAUGAGUUGUAAAGAGAGAGAAAUAAACAUCUUAAAAUCACUCACUGACAUGAUGAAAAACACCAAGAUUGUCACAUCUCGAUAUGCACUAGACACAGAAAUCCUCAGUGCUGAGCAUGCUGUGUGUUUUGCUUUCACCUCACUGGAGGAUGAUGAACCAUACCUCUCAUAUUUAUCAAAGUACUUAAAGGAAACACCUCAAACAAAGAGUCCUCAAGACAUCACAUUUCAGACCUAUGAUGUAGAGAAGGAUCAGUGGUACUUUUCAAAUGAAGUAUGGAACGCAAUGAGGCAAAAAGCAAAGCUCUUCAAUGAGUUUGUAGAGAUUAACAUGAACAACGAUAUUAGGUUCCUUAUAGCAGGCAUAACAAAUGAGAAAAAGAAAGGUGCGAGCAUCCACCUUUACAAAGAAGGCUCUUUGGUCAGUGAGAACUUUGAACCUCCUUCAAAGCCUGAAAAACCAGCAGUAAGUGACACAACCCACAACAGUGUGACAGUGAAGAUUUCCCCACCAGGACUCGGAACAGAAAACAUCACCCACUACUCUGUUGAGUACUGUGUCAGUGGAGAAGAUGACUGGCAGCAAAUGACAGUAUUGACAGCUGGAGAAGUCACAGUGUCCAGUCUGGCUCCUAACACAGAGUACUUGUUCAGAUGCAGAGCAGUGUGCUCAGUUGGCAAAGGGCCAGCUAGUGAUGUCAGUGGUCCCAUUACAACCUUACCUACUAGUCCUCCUGGAAAACUGCAAGCUGACCCAAAUUCAAAUGAGCUGUCAGUUAGCUGGGAGAAACCUGCUGAGAUUGGCAAAGGUGUCAACAUUUUGAGCUACAUUGUAGAGUAUGUAAAAACAGCUCCUGGGGUGAAACAUGAAGAACUUGAAUGGAACCAAAUUGUCUCACAAGAUGAAAAGGCCACCAUAUCUGGGCUUCAGCCAGAGACAGAGUACGCUGUCAGGGUCAGAUGUGAUUGUGGUGUAGCUGGUAGAAGCAAGGAAAGCAUCACAGUUAAUGUGCGGACAAAAACAAAAGUGCGUCUCGCAGAAUUGCUCAAACAUAAAAGCAGACGUCUGAAUUCAUCACCCUCAGUCUACAAGCUACCUCUGAAGAAAGAAGCUAUGGACAUAGAUGGAUGCAGGAGAUACAGUUUUGGCAAAGAAAGCUUGAGACGAAAUCGCACAAUAAUGGUUCUUGGAGCAGCUGGAUCAGGAAAGUCAACUCUGAUCAAUGGAAUGAUCAACUACAUCAUUGGUGUAGAAUGGAAAGACAGUUUCAGAUUCAAGUUAACUGAUGAGGGUCAGUUGAGAUCACAAGCUGAAAGCCAGACUUCUGAAGUCACUGUGUACAAAGUCAACCAUCAAGAGGGAUUCAAAACAGACUAUUCCCUGACAAUUGUUGACACACCAGGUUUUGGGGACACAAGAGGAAUAGAAAGAGACAAGGUGAUCACAGAACAGCUGCGUAAUCUGUUCUCAGCAAAACUCGGUGUCAGUGAAAUAGACGCUGUGUGUUUUGUAGCUCAAGCCUCUUUACGUCGACUCACACCAACACAGAAAUAUGUGUUUGACUCAAUGCUCUCAAUCUUUGGCAAAGACGUGGCCGAGAACAUCAGGAUUCUGGUGACAUUUGCAGACGGCCAACGCCCACCAGUUCUUGAGGCAAUCAUUGCCUCUGAGGUCCCCUGUCCUAAAACAAAUAAGGGUGUCCCAGUUCACUUCAAAUUCAACAAUUUGGCAUUAUUUGCAGACAACAAAUUAUCAGGACAAAACAACCCAGGCUGCAGUGAUGAUGAAGAUGAAGAUGAAGGCAAUUUUUAUCAAAUGUUUUGGGCCAUGGGUACAAAAAGCAUGAAGAACUUCUUUGCAGCUUUGAAUCUCAUAGAAACCAAAAGCUUGACUUUGACAAAGCAGGUCCUCAGAGAGCGAGAGCAGCUUGAAAAUUUAGUUGAAAAUUUGCAGAAGCGGGUUAAACUUGGCUUAGCAAAGCUUGAGGAGAUAAAAGAGACAACACAAAUUCUUCAGGAGCAUGAGGCAGAAGCCACUAGAAAUGAAUCCACAAAGGUCAAGAUGACCAUUAAGGAACUGAUAAAAAAGCUGCAGGAUGAGUAUGAGAAAGUGCAGGAUGAGGUGGUGACUCUGAUGGAGAGGUCAGCCAAGUGUUUGGACAGACUCAAAGAGAUAGCACUCAAACCAAAUCCACUCUCUACUCCAGAGUACAUUGACUUACUCAUUGAAGGAGAGAAAUCUGAGGCCAAGUCAGGCUGGAUGGAACGUGUUUAG